AUGACGACGCAAGAAAAAGUAGUCUUAGAACGAGAAAUAAAAAGUAUUUCAAAAAGCCAAUCGGAUAACGCCAAUACAGUUCCACCACCAAUUACGACGACAGCUAAUAAUGCUACAACUAAUACAAGUUCGUCGUCGUCGUCUACACAAGGCAGUACGUCAUCUCGAAAACCUAAAGAUCCGAUGAAAUGGUUUUUAAGACUAACGGGACAAGAAAAUUCAUCGGAAUCGAAACCUACUUCCAUCGCAGGUGAAAUAGCCUUAUACAGUAGUAUGGCACAUAAACAAAAUGCUAUUGCAUUAAAAUCGGAACGGCUAAGCUUCUGGUCGAAACACGGAGACGAAUUGCCAUUACUUAAAGAAUUAGCAUCGAAAUACUUAACAACUCCUGGAACCAGUGUUUCCUGA